GUGAGAGAAAGACGUCAUACGAAGUAAAAGAGAGAGUUCGAGUGUUGUAAGGCAAGGAAAGAAUCCAUUUAAUAAAAUUGUUCAGCAGCGGCAACAGCAAGGGAGGGGAACUUCCUUCCUUCCUUCCUUCCUUGUAGUUUCUCAAGGGGCGCCUAAAUUCUUCAUAUAAUUGCUCACCAAGGGUUUGUCGAAAGGCAUCGACUGAAAACUUUUGAGCUUAAAAAAAAGCUUCGAAAAAUGGGAGUUGGAGAAACAUUGGAGUACUUGUAUGAUCUGGUGAACAACAGUGGGUAUAAACACAAAAAGAAGAAGCAAUUACAGACAGUGGAGCUCAAAGUCAGGAUGGACUGUGAUGGCUGUGAGCUUAAGGUCAAGAAUGCCCUCUCUUCCUUAACUGGGGUUAAAUCUGUGGAGAUAAACAGGAAGCAACAGAAGGUGACUGUGACAGGGUAUGUUGAACCAAACAAAGUGCUGAAGAAGGCAAAGUCAACAGGGAAGAGGGCGGAGAUAUGGCCUUAUGUGCCCUACAACUUAGUGGCACAGCCCUACAUUGCUCAGGCUUAUGACAAGAAGGCACCUCCUGGUUAUGUCAGAAAUGUGGACAACAAUCCCUCCUCCACUGGGACUGUCACAAAAUAUGAAGACCCUUACACCACCAUGUUCAGUGAUGAUAACCCUAAUGCCUGCUCCAUCAUGUAAUAGUAAUACCAUAACUUGCAUGCAUCUUCUAGCUAGCUAGCUUCCAAGCCUGUGUAAUAUUUUCAAUCUACCCCCCAUCCCCCUUCUUUUUUUCAAUAUUGCAUUUUUGUUUUUGAUUUCCUUUUAUAUGGGCAUAUGAGAAAUUAUAGGGAGUUUUGAUUUCA